CCCGGGUGUGCCCAGGCUCGGCGCGCGGGGGCGCUGCGCCACCCGCGAGGCGCUGAUGGCUUGCAGGAGUGCCGGCGUCCGCCAGCCGAGGCAGCACGGCUCCGCGGACUUUUUUUCAAACUCCUCUCAUCAAUGAGACUUCGAGGAGGAGCGGGAGGCGGCGGCGGCGGCUCCAGAGGACGCGGAGGAAGGCGAGGAGGAGCCAGGGGCAGGAACGCGGGCCGCGCGUAGCAUCGCGGGCGCCCGGAGCUGCGGGCCCGCUGUCCCGAGGGACUGCCCGGGGCCCCCGCCCGCCCGCCCGCCGCGGUCCCCUCCUCCGCCCGGCCGGCCCCGCCCCGGCGGCGGCCCGACCCCCGCACUCGGCAGACCCCCGCCAGCCAAGUGGGGAUGGGGCCCUCCAGCCACUGCCCGGAGCCCGGGAGGCCACCUGCGUGCUAGAGGCAAACUUUUGUCUCCUCGGGUUUGCCACCCAAGAGUAUGAGCUGCUGAGAUGGAGAUGUCCGCCCCAGCCCCUGCAGUGGAGAAGAAAGAAGCCAAGAGUGGCCUGUUGGAGGACAGCAGCUUCCCCGACCCAGGGAAAAAGGCUUGUCCUCUGGUGGUAGCGGCAGCCGCAGCUGUAGCAGCCCAAGGAGUUCCUCAGCAGCUCCUGCCGCCUUUCCACGCGCCUUUGCCAAUUGACAUGCGCCACCAGGAGGGAAGGUACCAUUAUGAUCCUCACUCUGUCCACAGUGUGCACGGGCCUCCUGCCCUGAGUGGCAGCCCGGUCAUCUCAGAUAUCUCCUUGAUCCGACUUUCCCCACACCCUGCGGGCCCUGGGGAGUCUCCCUUCAGCGCCCACCAUCCCUACGUGAGUCCUCAUAUGGAGCACUACCUCCGGUCUGUGCACAGCAGCCCCACGCUCUCAAUGAUCUCUGCAGCCAGGGGCCUCAGCCCUGCUGACGUGGCCCACGAGCAUCUGAAAGAGAGGGGACUGUUCGGUCUUGCUGCCCCAGCCACCAACCCUUCAGACUAUUACCACCAGAUGACCCUCAUGGCCAGCCACCCCACCCCCUAUGGGGACCUUCUAAUGCAGAGUGGGGGUGCUGCGAGCGCACCCCAUCUCCAUGACUACCUCAAUCCUGUGGAUGCGUCACGGUUCUCUAGCCCACGUGUGACCCCUCGCCUGAGCCGCAAGCGGGCCCUGUCCAUCUCCCCGCUCUCAGAUGCCAGCCUCGACCUGCAGCGCAUGAUCCGGACCUCUCCCAACUCACUGGUAGCUUACAUCAACAACUCGAGGAGCAGCUCGGCAGCCAGUGGCUCCUAUGGGCACCUGUCGGCCGGCGCACUCAGCCCAGCUUUCACUUUCCCCCACCCCAUCAAUCCUGUGGCCUACCAACAGAUUCUGAGCCAGCAAAGGGGCCUGGGCUCAGCCUUUGGACACACACCACCCCUGAUCCAGCCCUCACCCACCUUCCUGGCCCAGCAGCCCAUGGCUCUCACCUCCAUCAGCACCAUGCCUACCCAGCUCAGCAGCAAUAGCAGCGAUUGUCUAAACGAUGCCAACCAGAACAAGCCGAGCAGCGAGUCAGCUGUGAGCAGCACCGUGAACCCAAUCACCAUUCAUAAGCGUAGCAAGGUCAAGACUGAGGCCGAGGGCCUGCGGCCAGCCUCCCCACUAGGACUGACGCAGGAGCAGCUGGCCGAUCUCAAGGAAGACCUGGACAGGGAUGACUGUAAGCAGGAGGCUGAGGUGGUCAUCUAUGAGACCAACUGCCACUGGGCAGACUGCACAAAGGAGUAUGACACACAGGAGCAGCUGGUGCACCACAUCAACAACGAGCACAUCCACGGGGAGAAGAAAGAGUUCGUGUGCCGCUGGCAGGCCUGCACCAGAGAGCAGAAGCCCUUCAAGGCCCAGUACAUGCUGGUGGUACACAUGCGCAGGCACACGGGGGAGAAGCCGCACAAGUGCACGUUCGAAGGCUGCUCAAAGGCCUACUCUCGCCUGGAGAACCUGAAGACACACCUGCGGUCCCACACAGGAGAGAAGCCAUAUGUGUGUGAACAUGAGGGCUGCAACAAGGCCUUCUCCAAUGCCUCGGACCGUGCCAAGCAUCAGAACCGCACUCACUCCAACGAGAAACCCUAUAUCUGCAAGAUCCCAGGCUGCACCAAGAGGUACACAGACCCCAGCUCACUCCGCAAGCACGUGAAGACUGUCCAUGGCCCAGAUGCCCACGUCACCAAGAAACAGCGCAACGAUGUGCAUCUCCGUGCUCCUCUGCUCAAGGAGAAUGGGGACAAUGAGGCCAGUGCUGAACCAGGUGGACGGGGACCUGAGGAGAGUGUGGAGGCCAGUAGCACCAGCCACGCUGUAGAGGACUGCCUACAUAUCAAAGCCAUCAAGACAGAGAGCUCCGGGCUAUGUCAGUCCAGCCCCGGGGCCCAGUCAUCCUGCAGCAGCGAGCCCUCUCCCCUGGGCAGUGCCCCCAACAAUGACAGUGGCGUGGAGAUGCCAGGGACAGGGCCCGGGAGUCUGGGAGACCUGACAGCGCUGGAUGACGCGUCUCCGGGAGCUGACACCUCCACGCUGGCUGCCCCCCCCACCGGUGGCCUGCAGCUGCGCAAACACAUGACUACCAUGCAUCGCUUUGAGCAGCUGAAGAGAGAGAAGCUCAAGUCCCUCAAGGAUUCCUGCUCGUGGGCCGGCCCAGCUCCACACACCCGCAACACCAAGCUGCCUCCCCUCCCAGCCAAUGGUUCUGUCCUGGAAAGCUUCAACAGCACUGGGGGCGGUGGGCCAGCGGGACUGCUGCCCAACCAGCGGCUGCCAGAGCUGACGGAAGUGACGAUGCUGAGCCAGCUGCAGGAACGGAGGGAUAGCUCCACCAGCACCGUGAGCUCAGCCUACACCGUGAGCCGCCGCUCCUCCGGCAUCUCCCCCUACUUCUCCAGCCGUCGCUCCAGUGAGGCUUCCCCUCUCGGUGCCGGCCGCCCACACAAUGCCAGCUCGGCAGACUCCUAUGACCCCAUCUCCACAGAUGCCUCCCGGCGCUCCAGCGAGGCGAGCCAGUGCAGCGGUGGGGUCCCAGGGUUACUCAACCUCACGCCUGCGCAGCAGUACAGCCUGCGCGCCAAGUACGCAGCAGCCACGGGUGGACCACCACCCACGCCACUGCCGGGCCUCGAGCGUGUAAGCCUUCGUACCCGCCUGUCAUUACUAGAUGGUCCCGAGCGUGCCCUGCCCGGGGCCUGCCCACAUCCGCUGGGGCCGCGGCGUGGCAGCGAUGGGCCUGCCUAUGGCCAUGGUCAUGGCCAUGGCUAUGUAGGGGCAGCUCCUACCUUCCCUCACGAGGGGCCCGGCAGCAACAUGCGGCGGGCCAGCGACCCUGUGCGGCGACCUGACCCCCUCGUUCUGCCUCGAGUGCAGCGUUUCCACAGUACCCACAAUAUGAAUCCAGGUUCACUGCCACCCUGCGCUGAUCGGCGAGGCCUGCAUCUACAGAGCCACCCCAGCGUGGAUGGCAGCCUGACCCGCAACACCUACUCCCCCAGACCGCCUAGCAUCAGUGAGAACGUGGUGAUGGAGGCUGUGGCCGCUGGGGUAGAUGGAACAGGGCUGGAGUCCGACCUGGGGCUGGUGGAGGAUGAGCUGGUGCUGCCGGACGAUGUGGUACAAUACAUCAAAGCUCACACCGGCGGCGCCUUGGAUGACAGCACACGGCAGGUGUAUCCCACAGAAAGCGCUGGCUUCCCUGAGAACUCGAAACUGCCCAGUCCUGGGCUACAAGGCCACCGCAGGCUAGCAGCUGCCGACUCAAAUGUGGGCCCUUCUGCUCCUGGGCUGGGGGGCUGCCAGCUGCGCUACAGCCCCUCAACCAACCUCAACAAGAACAACAUGCCUGUUCAGUGGAAUGAGGUGAGUUCUGGCACCGUGGAUGUCCUACCCACCCAGGUCAAGUCUUUCCCACACAGCAAUCUGGCCGUGGUUCAGCAGAAGCCAGCCUUCAGCCAGUAUCCAGGAUAUAGUCCACAAGCCCUGCAGGCCAGCUCUGGGGGUCUAGACAGCACCCAACCACACCUACAGCUUCGAGGAGCUCCUUCUGCACCCAGGGGGAGCUACGCUCAGCAGCCUCGACAGCCAGCCACAGGCGGUCAGUGCCUGAGCAUGGCUGCUGCCAUGAGUCCUCAGGCCAGCUACAGCCAUGCCCACUCCCAGCUGAGCCCAAACGUCGUCAGUGGACCCCUGAACCAGUUCUCCCCCUCCUGCAGCAAUAUGGCGGCCAAGCCCAGCCACCUGGGACUCCCUCAGCAAAUGGAAGCUAUCCCCAAUGCUACCAUCAUGAGUGGCCAUCAACGAGAUCUCGGGAUUCCCAGCUCAUCCCUGGCUGGGGUGGCCCAGUCUCACCCAGUCCUGAGCUAUCCCCAGCAGGAAGGCUACCAGCAGGGCUCCAGCCUUCUGUCAUCCCAUCAGCCUAGCUUCAUGGAGUCCCAGCAGAACUCGGGCUUUGGUCUCAUGCAGCCUCGGCCGCCCCAAGAGCCCAACACUGCUAGUCGUCACCGUGGAGUGCGUGCUGGACACUUGUAUGCCAGGACCACUGGCCAAGCCAUGGUCACAUCAGCCAACCAAGAGACAGCGGAAGCUAUGCCCAAGGGAACAGCAGGGCCCGUGGUGUCCCUGGCUCCUCAGCCAUCUCAGGACACAGGCCAGCCACAGGACCAGAACACACUCUACUACUAUGGCCAGAUUCACAUGUAUGAACAGAACGGAGGGUGCCCAGCCAUGCAGCCCCAGCCAUCACAACCACAAGCUUGCUCAGACAAUAUCCAGCCUCUGCCUUCACCAGGGGUCAACCAGGUGUCCAGCACUGUGGACUCGCAGCUCCUGGAGCCCCCCCAGAUUGACUUUGAUGCCAUCAUGGAUGAUGGCGAUCACUCAAGUUUGUUCUCUGGUGCAUUGAGCCCCACCCUUCUCCACAAUCUCUCCCAGAAUUCCUCACGCCUCACGACACCCCGGAAUUCCUUGACGCUGCCCUCCAUCCCUGCAGGCAUCAGCAACAUGGCUGUUGGAGACAUGAGCUCCAUGCUCACCAGCCUGGCUGAAGAGAACAAGUUUUUAAAUAUGAUGACCUAAUGGCUCUAGCUCCCGACAGAGCAGACCUGAGCACCAUUAGCUUCUUGGAACACAAGGGUCUAACCAGUUCUCUUUGUCCAAAAAAGUAAUAACUAGGCCUGAGAGGGGCUGGGCAGUGGCUGGCUCAGACUUGCAAAUAUUUUAAGAAAAGAUUAGGGGCAUCCUCUCUGCUGUUUGGCCUAUUUCUCUGAACACUGAAAAAGUCUUACUCAGAAAGAAACUCGUUUACACAAUGCUUGCCAGCCUUUGGUGUUUAUGGGAUUACUAGGUUCUGGCUUCUUUGCCUCUGUCAUUCUGCUAAUGAGAGAGUACAUUGGCCAAGGGCUUUCUAAGUACAUGCCCAAAGAGGGGAGGGGAACCAUGUUUGGGUUUGAAUUGGAGACCAUGCUGGAUACUCUGCUCCGAGAAGAUGGGUUUGCCAUUCUGCUACCUGCAAGGAAAGGGGAUUGCUGUGUCCCCCCCACCCCCGCCCCCCGGACUCAUCCUGAAGCUCGCCAAAGUUGCUUGCCACAAAGGAGAAAGGGACAUUAUGGAGCCUCCUCAGCUGCCGUUAGCAUUCCCAUUCCCUUAGGCAGAGCGGGACCAGCAGAUUUCCCACGUGGAGAAGAAUUAAUAAAACACGUAUCAAAAGGAGAUAAGCUGGGUGCUUACCUGGGCAAGCCCAGAAGCUCCCCAGGGGCUUCUCCUGGCCUGUUUACAGUAUUCUGAAGUGUACAGUGAAGCCCUCCUGGGAAGAACUUUGUGCCUAAAUACCUUGGAUUGCUGUGGGCUAAGGAUGGACAGGGCCUCAGGGUGAAAGAGGCCUUCCCUGGGAAGAGGAAGUCACUUGUUUACCCAGUCCCGUUUCUCCAGUGCACUACCUGACCACCCUCCCAUGGAAGACUCUAGGGCUCCUCUCCACCAUACUGGGUGGCCGGCGGGCUGCGCAGAGCCACCACGGGCUGUCUCAGUACUUUCUGCUCCCCUGACCUCUCCCCUCCUCUCUAGGUUAUUUGGCAUGGACUGAUGACAUGCAUGGUGUUUGUGGUCAGGUGGGAGGGUGAAGGGACUGAUUUCUUGUUCGGGAUAGCCUGGCCCCGAAACAAGAAAGGGCAUGUGGAAACUGACUCCGGAAAGACUCAGUCUAGAACACGCUGCAGGGUGAACCUUGCCUCCGCCCCACCACACUCGUGUGCACAUCCCAUCCGAAACGCCUUCCUUUGGAUUCCUGAAAACGUUGCCAAACCAAACCUCACCACUCAGAGCUUCUUCCUUCUGGCCAUGACCUUGGCUUCAGUGAGGAACUUAGCAGAGUCAGGACCCUCUGUGCCCCAGGGCCGCAAACUUCUCUGUUUACAAUCCAGAGAAAAGACCAACUCCAAAUGACAGCUCUGGGCCACGCCCAUGGCUCUGUGGCUCCGGCGUGCGGGCUCACUGUCCGACACAGACCCUAACUCCCCAGUCUCCAUCUGUACCUGUAUUUUGUCUAGACAUUGUCAGCCCUGGUAUACUGUGGGUGAACCAUUCAGCCAAAUUUAUAUUGCCAAACAUUUUUAGCUUUUUCUACAUGCUAUAAAUUGAGGUGACAUGCUUAACUUGUAAAUAAGUCUUUUUGUACAUUAAAAAUAAUUUUUUCAUAAUUUA